CGCAUGAUUUCUUUUAGUAGUCCUAGUUAGCUCUGCGCUUAAAAAGCUUUAUGGGUUGCGACGUAAAUUCAUGGGGCAAGACGAUGUGGGUGGCCUUCAGGGUCGACCUUUUGCAACCCGCUCCUCGUUUCGGAAAGGCAGUGUCACUACAGAAUCUGGUUGCUUGAAGAAAAUAUCUUUUUGCCGUCACACUCCUAGGCAGUCGGCAUUACGACUACGUCCUCAGACAGAGUCCACCACUUUUCAUACUAGCACUCUCAAACCGACCUACCUGGCAUAAUAGAUAGUAAAAGAACAAAUGCUUCCGCCGAUUUAGUUCGAUUGGGUCACUGCAAUACAUCAGCUCUACGAUUGCAUCAAGACAACAACUGUGGUUAUAAGACUAUGAACUACCUAAAUAUUGUAGUAAUUAACGUUUUCAGAUACCCUGACUGACAUAAUAAUAUUUAUAUUUAAUUUUUUACAGGUAUCUAUGAUUCAGUUAAUUCUUCCAUAUCCGAAAACCGUUCCCAGUACUUUGCUGUCGUGGCUAUUGCAGGGAAACAGUUCAAAGUAACUAAUAACGAUUUAAUUAUGAUCAAAACACCGUUCUAUGGAACUGACGUUGGUGAUCGUGUUCAAUUACAGAAGGUCCUACUUUUAGGAUCAUCAGACUUUACUAUUAUCGGUCGACCAAUUUUACCAGUGCAUCAGGUGUAUAUUGAGGCUGUAGUGAUUGAAAAAACUCUUGAACACCCUAAAGUUUGGUACCAGUUCCAUCGUCGUCGUAGACACCACAAACUGCGAGUAUUCCAGGAGAAUGUUACUGUCCUUCAGAUUAUUGAUGUUCGCCCCAAUAUAUUAGCAACUCAUUAAAUUAAUCCUUGAAUAUACGCUUACUCGUUAAAAAAACAUUUAGACUUUUAUAUACUUUUAAAAAUCCGUUUUCUGCGAUUUUUGUUCAUUUGAAGUAUUUGAUAGUGUAAACUACUGCAGUACUCAAAAAAGUGUAUAUUCUCCGAAUCAUGUCAAAGUUUGUUUCUUUCCCUCUCUCUCUCUGUCGAUGAAAAUGUAUUUCCAUCAUAACAGAUUCGAAGGAAAAUAGUCUCAAACUUUGAUUUGAUAAUAUGGUAAAAUGUCUAGCUUAAAACAUCAAGAAAAG